UCUAACUUUGCGUGCUUCCUGCUGUCUGUCAGGUGGAGGGUCACAGAAGAAGCGUUUGUGGUUUCAGCGUGGAUUUCUCUAGAAAUAAACAAGAAAUAAGCAAACAUGCUCAGGACAGUUUGUCGGGCCGGCGGAGCCCUUUUGAAGCACUCCAGACGGGGGGUGCCAGUGGAGUGGAUGGCCCCAGCCCAGCAGCGAUGGGUAUCCAGCAAUCCCAUGAACACUAUGAUCCUGUUUGUCCCACAGCAAGAGGCCUGGGUGGUGGAGAGGAUGGGGCGCUUUCACAGGAUACUGGAGCCUGGUUUAAAUGUCCUCAUUCCAGUGUUAGAUAAAAUCCGGUAUGUGCAGAGCCUUAAGGAAAUUGUAAUUGAUGUUCCAGAGCAGUCUGCCGUAUCCCUAGAUAACGUGACACUACAAAUAGAUGGGGUGCUGUAUCUACGAAUAAUGGACCCUUUUAAGGCUAGUUACGGUGUUGAAGACCCAGAAUAUGCUGUGACACAGCUGGCUCAAACCAACAUGCGCUCAGAGCUCGGAAAGCUAACACUUGAUAAGGUUUUUCGGGAAAGAGAGAGCCUGAAUGCCAACAUUGUAACCUCAAUAAACCAGGCAGCAGAUGAGUGGGGGAUCCGGUGUCUGAGAUACGAGAUCAAAGACAUCCAUGUCCCUCCCAGGGUCAAAGAGUCCAUGCAGAUGCAAGUGGAGGCAGAGAGGAGGAAGCGAGCCACAGUGUUGGAGUCCGAGGGAUCCAGGGAAGCUGCCAUCAACGUAGCUGAGGGGCAGAAACAAGCCCAGAUCCUGGCUUCUGAGGGACAGAAGGCUGAGCAGAUCAACAGGGCUGCUGGUGAGGCCAGCGCUGUUUUAGCAAAAGCAGAAGCAAAAGCAAAAGCUAUUAGGCUGCUGUCGGGUUGUCUUUGAUUGCAGAAUGGGAACGCUGCAGCCUCUCUCAGCAUAGCAGAGCAGUAUGUGGCAGCAUUCUCCAACCUAGCGAAGGAAUCCAACACCAUCCUUCUCCCGUCCAACACUGGGGACAUCAGCAGCAUGGUCACCCAGGCUAUGGGUAUAUACAGCACCUUAGCGAAACAAACUGUGAACGCCUCAGAGAUCAGAGAAACAGAAGCUCAGACAGCCCAGAGAGCGGCUUUGGAGGAACCAGCAGAAAACAAUCCCCAGCCACCGCAGUACAGUUAAUGCAGAACUAGCACAAGAGAGACAGCAACACGGCCUAGGAUUGUACUCAUUUCAGUUCUUGAAGUGUCUUUGCAAGAGGUUGAGGAGACCGUAUUGGGGUCAUUUUGUUUUAUUUAUGUUUUCCGGAGGAAGUCUGGCCAUGUGGUUGGAGCUGGGAGCACACAGGAGAUCUUUUGUUUUUCAAAACCCCAGAUCAGCUGCAGUAUGCAUCAAGAAGGGGAGCCGCUAGGUUCCCUUUGUCCCUCCGGAGGCCCUGGAAUUUGGAAUAAGUAAAACCACACUGGGUGUAUGACUAUCCACAUAGAGGAGACACCAUUUAAAAGAUGUAUUUACACACUGGUGUCCAGCAGUUUCCAAAUACCAGGGCUUUCCUCUAAAUUCACCUUUAGUGUUGAGUCGCUUAUCAUUGUGGUGUGACCUGCUUUACACAGUAGGUGAAAGGGAACAAUUUAAAAGAAAGUCCAUUAAAAUGGCAUUUUGAAGAUAUUUUAUUAUUUACGUUAUUUUAUUAUUUACGUAUAGCCCCAUACUCAUUCUCAAACAUGUCAAUCUCAUAUACUGUAGAGGGUGCAAAGAUACUGUUAAUAUUCUGAACUGAGCUAUCUGUUUAUUCAGUUCACAGAUGCUAGCCCCCUACAAAUGUGCUCUUCCCAAGAUGUGUAUUUGGUUCAAUACUGCAGCUCCAUGUGGCUGUUAACAGUCCAGUCUUUGGCUUAAAUUAAGACCGAAAUAUUAAUUUUAAGGCUGUACUCGCUACCUCUGAAACGUAUGGAAUGUUCUACCUAAAAUCAAAGUAAAAUACUAAUUACAGUUUCAAUAUAAACCUGGCUCACUUCAGUACGCAAUUCAGUGUAUUAGUCCACAUUGUGGCUGUUUUUUUAUUUUUUAUAUUAACCUGUAAUGCCAAAUAUUUUUCUAGCUAGUUUGCUGAUUGAAUGGGGCCCAGGCAGAUAAAUUGACUCUUUAAACAGGGCUUGUGCAGUUCAAUGAUACAUCUUGGUCUAUUUAUAAAGCUUCAGUUAUCAAUCCCUGUGUUAUGAUAAUUUACAAAAAUAUUUCUUAUGUAACUUUUUAAUUAAACUGAUAAAAUGUGGAACGUUCUCCCUGGAUUAUGUGAAACUGUAAUAUACCAAGUUUGAAUUGAAUUGCUCA